GAUUUCAAACAAGAUGAUUGCCCAGAUAAGGGCAACGCCGAUAGACAUUCCAGGUUCGUUCAAACCGGGCUUGAGCAAUGCUUGGAAGAAUCUAUUCCCUAUCACUCCUAUUAGCAACAAAACAGGGAACCUUGCCUUGGACCAUCCAGCUUGGGUUCAAACGCCUAACCCAUGGUGGAGGUUUAUAACAGACACCUCCCUAUUGUCUUGGGAGAAAGCAGAGACUUUGAGCAGGCAAAGGAGGCCGUUAAUCAUGCCUCACUUCGAUAAAUCAGGAUGGAUCGUUCAAGAGAGAAGGAUUAUGGAUUUCAGAGGGUUGGCUUCAGCACACAUGGGGAAUCAUCCUAUGUUGAAGCUAAUUAAAAUUCUGGUUCCGAUCAAGAGAUGUGAUCUAUUGCUUUGUUGCAAAGAGGACACAAUGGGGAUCCUCAAGUAUAUGAUGGUAUGGAAACUAGACUAGACAACGUCCAAGGAUCUUGUGAGGAGGCUAGGUUGGAGCAUGGUGGAUGUAGCAUUGAUGAAUCCUAAUCGAAUUGAAUAUCCUUUGGGUCAGUUUGCUCAAAUGAAUGUCUUAAUGUGGAAUUACAGGGGUGAGUUAAAGCCUGAUUUUAAGAGAAGGAUUUUUGAGAUGGUUGUGAAUCAUAAUAUGGCGAUCAUGGUGAUUAUGAAGACUAGAAUGGGUGGAGAUAGGGCUGAGAGGAUCAUUGCUAACCUACCAUUUGAUGGUUUUAUCACAACUAAGACAACUGAUUACGCAAGGGGCCUAUGGGUGCUUUGGAAGAAGGAUGAAGCCGAAAUUGAAUUGCUUGCUUCCACAGAACAAGAAAUUCAUGCCACUAUUAAGCUUGACAAUGUCUCCAUUCAAGAAAUUAGCCGUGAAAGGAAGUAGUAGCAAGGGAAAAGAACCAGUGAUUAGUCUUG